CAAAGACGCACGCUUUCUCUAUCAUCGUCGUCCGUCUGUUUCAUUUGAUGGUGCGGAGACGUCUAAGCGAUUUCCAUGGAUGACACCACCUUCAUAAGAACAAUCCUCACCAAACCCAUCUUCAAAUUUUUCUUCUUUUGACCACCAUUGCAUGCUUACCCGAUUGGGAAACUCUUUGUUAUCCUUAUUGAUCUUCUUCCAACGGCGAUUUCCCGAUCCAAAUUUUGGGUUGAUUGAAUUCAAAGUUUCCGUUUUUACAAACCAAUUUCGGGAAAGUUUUCAUCUUUUUUUUAUGGCUGCUUACGCGAAUUAUCUCCGACUCGCACGACUUGGAGGAACAAGUUCAGGUGUAAACCUGUCGACUCUCAGAUCAUUCGGUUAUUCAAAUCCAGCAUUUGACAAGACUCAAGAGUUUCGCUCCUCUUCUUCAUCGUUAGUAUCAUAUUCUUCGUUCAGACAAUUCCACGCCAGAUUCAUAUCUCAGCUUAUCAAAACCAAUGGGAAACGUUUGUUUCUUGUCGAUACACUAGCUUUGGUUAGGAGCUUAGAAGCACAAGGCCUGCCUUCAAAGCAAGCCGAGGCAAUAACCGGUGCUAUAACUGAAGUUCUUAACGAUAGCUUAGGAGUUGUUUCACAGUUAGUUGUCUCCAAGGGAGAGAUGCAGAAAGCUGAAAUGACGCAGGAAUCAAACUUAUCCAAGUUCAAAAGUGAAAUUAAUAGUUCACUGGACCACCAUUUCUCUUUGCUGCAACACGAGAAUGAGAAACUCCGCAAUGACAUAGAGCGAAUCCGCUCUGAUAUAAGACACGAGAUCGAUAAAGUCACAGCAGGACAACGGUUGGACCUGAAUCUUGAAAAAGGGAGGAUAAGAGAUGAGUUACAAAAUCAAAACGGAGAAACCUCUAACCUUACAAACAAACUUGACCGUGUUAGUAUUCUCAUCUCUAGCUUCUGUUUGAAUUAUUCGUUUUGGUAGCAAAAGUGUUUAUGCUUUGUUCUGUUUUCAAUAUUUUCAGGAGAUUCACACUUUGAGAGCUCAGUUAGAAGCAGCCAAGUAUGAGGUGAUCAAGUACUGUAUUGGUACUCUUGUCUCCAUCUCAGCCGUUGGUCUCGCUGUCCUCCGGAUCGUCAUGUAACUCCAUCUGACGGUGCCGGUUUUAAAGACCAACUCAUCAAUCUUCCCUGUCUUUUAAUUACGGGAUGAAAAUCUUGGUCAUGUUAAUUAUAUAUUCGUAUGUUUAAUGUAAUUGUAUUUCCCCUUUUUUAUGUGAAAGAAAUAAAGAAUAACCAGUCUAGUAAAUUUGAACCCUUCAUGUAUAUGAAUAUGAUGAUGUUCUUUCACGGGAAAAAGGUUAAAAGAUCCCUCCAAGGGACAAAGGCA